AUGAGCGGCUUUAAAAGCGUCGACACCAUAACGGAUGACUUCCCCAACGACGGGAAAGCCGCCAACUGUUCUCGUCUCGAUGAUGACAAACAGCACCACUCUCGGACGUUACUCAUCGACAAUUACGACUCGUACUCGAACAUUCUCGCGCACGUCAUCGCCGAGUGUCAAGAUAAUAGUUCUCUUCCUCUGACGGUAAGGAACGACGCCAUUUCUGUCUCAGAUAUUCGGUUUCUCGUGAAGGAGCACUUAAUCGACCGAAUCGUCAUCUCCCCGGGGCCGGGGACGCCGUCGAGCGGCAUUUGCGAUUCGGGCGUCGUGGAUGCGUUGUUAAAUGCAAAAGACGAACUCGUUCGAGGAGUGCCAAUAUUUGGCGUCUGUUUUGGGUUCCAAGCGAUCGCGUUUCGAUACGGGUGGGAUGUCGUCCGCGCGAGACAUCCGAAGCACGGGGAAGUGUCCGAGGUGACAGUUAAAGAAGAAGAAGACAAAGAAGAAAGUCGUCGAGGAGGGUUGUUGUUUAAGGGCGUGCCGAGGGUGUUCAACGCGACGAGGUAUCACUCGCUCGAGGCGUUGUUCCCUGGGAAAAGGAAGGAGGCGGAGAAGGAAGUGAGAGGAGAAGAAGAGCUCGUGGCGUUGGCGUGGGCGGAUGUCGUCGAGAGCGAGAAAGAAAACGGAGGAGGAGGAGGAGGAGGAGAGGAAGGAGGGACGGUGAUGGCGCUGAGGCAUAAGGUGUAUCCGCAAUACGGCGUUCAGUUUCACCCGGAGUCUAUUUGUACCGAGCCGCACGGGAAAACAAUCGUGAAGAAUUUCAUGGACAUCGCGGACGCCUAUUGGAAAGAGAAGAGAGGCGAGAUGGAAGAGGAAGAAGAAGGGAAUGAAACAACAACAACAAUAAGCGAGGAACGGAAGACUGUCUUGAUGAAGCUCGUAAACGCUUCGAGGGAGACACAGGAUAAGAAGAGUAGCAACAAAAGUAGUAACAAGAAACAGAAGAAAAGCGCGUACAGAUUACACGCCCGAGAAGUUUCGCUUCUCGAUUCGCCCACGCGCUCUGAAGAUGUGUUCAGGACGUUAUUUAGCGAUAAGAAAAAUGCAUUUUGGCUGGAUUCUGCUACCGCAGACGGUAGUAGUGGUACUAACGACAGCAACGGCGACAACGACACGCCGCGAGGGCGAUUUAGUGUCAUGGGGUGCCAAGGUGGUCCUCUGUGGCGACGCGUAGAAGCGCGAAUGAACGGCAAACUGGUCGUCAUGAAUAACCAAGACGAAAUCGUGAAAAGUUAUCAUCACGGAGGAAACGGCAGCAUUCUAGAAUACAUGGACGAAGAGUUGAAGAGAUUUAACGUCUCCGAAGAGAAUUUUGCCACGUGCAUCGUGGACGAGGUGAACGCGGUGAAGGAUGGGGAAAGCGUGAAAGGGCUACCAGAGGCGUUGCUUUUCGCGUGCGGCUUCGUUGGUUCGCUGUCGUACGAAACGCGCGAGGAGUGCGAUUCGCCCAUUUUCUUUGCAAACGACUCGUCGAGUAAUAGUAAUACUAUGGUGAAAGCGGCGUUAUAUUUCGUAGACCAAGCGGUUGUCGUCGACCACGAGAAGAAGAUGGUGUACGCGAUGACGCUCACCGAAGAUGGACCGGAAACGGAGGAUCUCUUCGAGGCGUUGGAAUGGCUCGCGACCACAACUCUAGAUAUUAAUCGGAGCCUUCUGAAUAAAGUGAAACACGUCGCCGACGAGAUGCCGAAGAAGACGGUGGUGACUCAAAACUGCACGCAGUUAGCAGAGUCUAUUGGAUUCAAAUGGCGCGACGAUAAAGAGGAGUACAUGGAGAAAAUUAAAACGUCGCAAGAACGCAUUUUAGACGGACACACGUACGAAGUUUGUCUGACGAAUGCGUUAACGCGCAGAGAUGUGGGUGCAUACAAACAAACCCGUCACCUGUAUCGAGAGUUGUAUUACGCUUUGCGCGAACGCAAUCCAGCGCCGUAUGCGGCUUUUUUUGACUUUUCAAACGGCGCGGGCGAAGAGAAGGCGCAUUUUUCGGACAUGUACGUGUGCUGCGCCUCGCCCGAACGAUUUUUACGGUGCGACCAAAAUGGCAAUUUGGAAGCGAAACCUAUUAAAGGAACCAUCGCGCGCGUGGAACCGCUCGGGUGUGCAGAAGACGUCAAAGCUGUGCGCGAUUUACAAACGUCCGUGAAGGACAACGCGGAAAAUUUGAUGAUUGUGGAUCUCUUGCGAAACGAUUUGUCCUUGGCGUGUGAGGUGGGCACGGUGAAAGUACCGGGUUUGUUAAAGAUUGAGAGUUAUCGAACGGUGCACCAACUCGUCUCGACGGUGGUCGGGACGUUACCGUCGACGUCCUCUGGUGAAAAUCAUGCAGAAGGCAACGCCGACGACGACGACAAAAGGAUUUCGCCCAUUCGCGCGUUUCAGUUCGCCUUUCCUCCCGGCUCCAUGACUGGCGCGCCGAAAUACAGAACCACGCAAAUCAUACACGAACUCGAAAACGAACAACCCCGCGAGAUGUACUCCGGGAGCGUCGGCUUUUGGUCCUGUCGCAACAAAGCCUUCGACGCGAACGUGGUCAUUCGUUCGGUCACGUAUAAAGACGGCGAAAUGAAAAUCGGCGCCGGCGGCGCCAUCACGCGUUUGAGCGACCCGCUCGAAGAGUGGGGAGAAGUUGAACUAAAAGCCAGACGGAUCGUAGAAACAGUCGCGGAAGUAGAGAGGAAAUUAGAGAGAGAGAGAGAGAUUAAAGAUUACUCUUCUUACGCGUAG